GAGCUUUUAGUGUAUAUGAAGGACGGUAUUUUCCCCGAGGGAUCCAUGGCACCCAACCUACAAGACGAGCAGAUGUACCGCUGUGAAGACUGUGAUGAGCUGUUCUCCUCAACACUUGAGCUGCGGCGGCACCAGAAGUAUUCUUGCUCCAGUGCCGGUUCCAUUUUUGACACACUGAGAGAGGACUUCAAACAGGAACGCGAAGACAGCGACGAGCCUGUCCACGAGUGUAAAGACUGUGAGAAGAUCUUCCCAAAUGAGUACAGUCUGGGCCAACACAUGAUAGUCCAUACAGAAGAGAGGGAGUACAAGUGUGACCAGUGUCCCAAAGCCUUCAACUGGAAGUCCAACCUCAUCCGUCACCAGAUGUCACAUGAUAGUGGCAAACGCUUUGAGUGUGAAAAUUGUGAUAAGGUAUUCACAGAUCCCAGCAACCUUCAGCGCCACAUCCGCUCCCAGCACGUGGGGGCACGUGCUCACACAUGUCCUGAGUGUGGCAAGACCUUUGCCACCUCGUCAGGCCUCAAGCAGCAUAAGCACAUCCACAGCAGUGUCAAACCCUUUAUCUGCGAGGUGUGCCACAAAUCCUAUACCCAGUUCUCCAACCUCUGCCGCCACAAGCGUAUGCAUGCUGACUGCCGCACCCAGAUUAAAUGCAAGGACUGUGGGCAGUUGUUCAGCACUACCUCCUCCCUCAACAAGCAUCGCCGCUUCUGUGAGGGCAAAAACCAUUACGGCUCUCCAGCAGGGAUGUUCAAUCCUGGUAUCCCAAUGAGCUCCAGCCCCAUCAUGGCCAAGGCCAAGUCCCACCAUCCCCACCUUGCUGGUCUAAACCAGUCAGGUUUAGGCUUCACUGACUACUUUCCCUCCAGACCUCACCCUCAUGCUGGCUUGCCCUUCUCGCCAGGACCCCAUGGCUUCCCAUCCCUCCCACAUGGUUUCCCAGGUAUCUUCCCCCCAUCACUAUAUCCGCGACCGCCUUUAUUGCCGGCCAGCCCAUUGAUAAAGAGCCCAUUGGGCAGCAGCAGUCAGGAGGUGAAGCUGCCUCGGAGUCCCUUAGAUGCCCCUCCACUGUCCCUGGUUAGCUCCACAAACAGCAAUGGAGGUAACAGUUUGAGUCAAGGGGAAGACAAAGAGAGAGAGAACAAACUGGAUUUGUCUUCUAGUGGAGAAGCCAAGCCAAAAUCUAAGAUGGUUGACAUGUCUGAUGGUAGUGACCUUGAAGAUGUUAAUACCACAAGUGGGACAGAUUUGGACACCACCACUGGUACCGCUUCAGGUGAUGGUUCUGACCUGGACAGUGAUGGAGAGAGUGAACGUGAGCGAAGUGGUAAAAGAAGGAAGCCGUCUGGAGCCACAUCAAGUCAAGAAGGCAACCAAUUAGAAGACACAAAUAGUGCGUUGUUAUCAGCCGUGUCUAGUUCGGGUAACCUCGCUAUUGAUCGCCCUUUUCUCUCUUCUGCAUCAACUCAGCACUCCUUCUUCCCACCACCUGAUGAGCAAGCCCUCCCUCCAACCACCACAAAUGCCAAUGCAGCCACCACUGAUUCCAUCAAAGCCAUCGCCUCUAUUGCUGAGAAAUAUUUUGGUCCAGGUUUGAUUGGUCUUCAUCAGGAGAAGAAGAUGGGUCCAUUGCCCUACCACUCCAUGUUUCCCUUCCAGUUCCUGCCCAACUUCCACAACUCCCUAUACCCAUUCAGUGCUGAUCGAGGUGCUCUCAAUCCUAGCAUGUUCUUUAAAGCAGAGCCCAAGUCACCUCGUGAGCAACUGCAUAAGAUGGUUUCUGGGGCCCCAGAAGCUCCUGCUCAUACAGCAGAAUCACCAUUUGAUCUCACCAUAAAGCCCAAGGAGACCAAGUUAGCUCCUCCCACCCCAACAAACCCCUCAAACCCAAACAGUAGUACUGGAAGUAGUAGUGGACCUUUAGCAAUAUCUAGUGGUGAAGAACAGCCACUCGAUCUCAGCAUAGGCAGCCGGAACCGAGGUGGUCAUAAUGGUGUGACAGCUGAGCCACAUAAUCGAAAGAACCACAUGUAUGGAGUUGGAAAAGGGUGCUCCAUCAAGGAUGAAACCCCAGGACAGCCACACCAGCCACCACCCCUGCACUAUGCCAAGCCCUCCGCAUUCUUCAUGGACCCCAUAUACAGCAGGGUGGAGAAGAGGAAGCUACUUGACCCCGUAGGAGCCCUGAAGGAGAAGUUCCUCAGGCCUUCACCACCACUCUUCCAUCCACAGAUGUCAGCCAUGGAGAACAUGACAGAGAAGCUGGAGAGCUUUGGUGCCCUAAAACUGGACACGCCGCCCAAUUCACUGCAACAUUCGGCUCAUCCACUGUUCAACUUCCGCUCACCACCACCUUCUCUCUCAGACGCCAUCCUACGCAAGGGCAAGGAGCGCUACGCCUGCAGGUACUGUGGGAAAAUCUUCCCUCGUUCAGCAAACCUCACCAGACACUUGCGGACACACACAGGCGAACAGCCAUACAGGUGUAAAUACUGUGACCGCUCAUUCAGCAUCUCAUCCAAUCUCCAACGCCACGUUCGCAACAUCCAUAACAAGGAGAAACCCUUCAAGUGUCACCUGUGCAACCGCUGCUUUGGUCAGCAAACCAACCUCGACCGCCAUCUCAAGAAGCACGAGCAUGAGAACAUUCCUGUGAGCCAACAGUCCGGGAUGCUUUCCAACCUAGGAACCACCAUCUCCUCGCCAAACUCCGAGCCAGACAAUCAUGCACUUUUAGAUGAGAAGGAGGACUCAUACUUCUCAGAAAUCCGCAACUUCAUUUCCAACAGUGAGAUGAACCAGGCCUCCAGCUCUACAGAUAAGAGAUCAGACCAGGCAGAGGAGGAGCGCCCACCCAGCCACAGUUUGUCUAACUCCAAGCUAGGGCUUCAGGGGUUGGAUGAGGAGGAAGAGGAAGCGGAGGGCGACGAUGAGGAGGAGGAGGAAGGCAGCCUGACAGAAAAGUCUCACGAUGAGGCGCCUGAGUCCCCGUCUCCUGUCACGACAGGAGUGUAUGAAGAAGACGACGAGGAGGAAGAGACAGAGACGGCUCCAUUAUCUAUGAGCUACGAACACACUCGCAGGUGUAUAGAGGAGGAGGGCUCUCUCUUGGAUCUUGAGGGUCUGCCCAGCUUUCCCAAGAGCCUGGAUGGGUUACGUAAAGCAGCCAGUGACGAGCAACCCUUUGAUGUUAAAGACAUAUUUAACACUUCACUAGAGUCGGAAGCAUUGAAAGAGACAUUGUACAGGCAGGCUAAAACCCAGGCUUAUGCAAUGAUGCUGUCUCUCUCGGAGAACAACCCUUUGCACGCGCCCUCCCAGAACUCUCUGGAUGCUUGGCUGAGCAUGGGAGGUGGACCGUCUGAGACGAGCAGCUUUCACCCGCUCAACCACAUCUAGAAGAGAGAGAAAAAGAGAGGA